CUGAGGUUAUCAACUUCCUUAGCCUCAAACUUACCGUGGGAGCUAGCAUAACCUGCUUUCUGGAAUAUCCCCCAGAUGAAACUGCUUCUUGGGUUCUCCAGGCUUAAACAAACACAUAGUUGUAGUUGAAUUCAGUGCCUGUAUGACAUCCUUUUAUCUGGUUUCAAAGGUUAAUGAGUCGUUGUGCUCCGAGCAUGAAGAAAAGCUGAAGCUGUUCUGCGUCACGGAUCAGCAGUUAGUUUGCAUCAUAUGCAGAGACGGAGAGAAACACGAAGGACACAAGUUCAAACCAGUGAAAGAAGCAGCUGAGUCUAUGAAAAAGGACUAUCAGGCUUUUCUGCAAACCAUUUCUGCUGAAAUAUCUGCUGCAGAGGAAAGAGCCAAAACGCAAAAUGAGGAAAUGACUAAAACUAAAGAGAAAUCUCAGAAGCUGAUGAGCCAAAUCAGCAGCCAGUUUCAGGAGAUGCACGAGUUCUUGCAGAAGAGAGAAGCUGAGAUAAAGAAUGAACUUAGACUUAAAGAGAAUGAGGAAGUCGAGAAAAUGAACCAGAGCGCCAGUGAAAUAGAAAAAGUUUUAUCAACUAAGACAGAAAUAAAGGAAAAGAUUGAAUCUGCUCUGGAAGUAACUAACACAGAGAGAUUUCUGAAAUUGUGCACUGAGGGAGAAUCUCUACUUAAAACCAAAGAUUCUAUUAAAAAGAAAAAGUCAAAUCUCCCGGUUGUGAAUUCCUGUCUGUCCUUGGGUCCAUAUGAAAGCCACCUGCAGUUCUUUGUGUGGAAGGAGAUGCUUCAGGUCAUCAAACCAAAACCAGAGCAGCUGUCUCUCACAAGUCAAAGUGCAGAUGCUAUUAUAUCCCAGGAUGGACGGAGUCUACGCUCUGCUUGUCAACAAUGCAAGAGGUAUCAAAGAAACCAUCUAUCAUACAGUUGUACUUUAUACAGUUAUGGUAAUGAACAGCAGAGUGCAUAUCCACUACAGCAUUCGUACAGUCCAAGACCCGUAACUGCACUCAGCAAAGAUCUGUUCACCUCAGGGCAGCAUUACUGGGAGGUCGAUGUUGGACAGAAUAAUUCCUGGCAACUGGGCCUCCAAGGUAAUUUCAUGAAAUAUACUGGUGGCAAAUACACUAUUUCCACAAACAAUGUUGAGAAGAACAUUAAACUCACAGGACAAAUUAAGAAAUUAGGAAGUUAUUUGAACUGCUUCACAAAAAAGCUUUCCUUUUAUGAUGCAAACCACGUGAAGCUCAUAGAGACCAUCACCUACCAAAGCUCAAAACCAGGUGCUGCAUAUUUUCAUAUUGAGGAUACAGGAGAUCAGUUUCCUCUGACAGUGUGCUGGUACUGAACAGGGAAGGCCCUGAAUGAAACCUGCGGGGAUUUUCUUUUGUGAUGUUAGGACAUAAAAACCAAGUUUUCAAAAUAAUAAGUUCUACUCUGACUCUGUUGUAAUGUAACUACUUGGUGAUUUUCUGGAACGUUGGGGAGUUUUUUGAUCAUAUUUGUGUUUUUUGCUGUUCUUUUUGUGUAUGUUUAAAUUUAAAAUAUUUGUUUCUUUCAGUUGCAUGCAGUUUGUUGCUUCAACACUUAAUUUGUCAUUAGAAAAAAUCACUAACAUAUCUGUGAAAUUGAUUUGUUUCAAACCUAAAAACAGUACAUCUUUUGAAUAUUGUGAAAAAUA